AUGCCAGUUAUACCUAUCCGACCGACACCAAGUGUUUCGGCAGGAAAGGGAAUCGCCCUCGAACCCAGGGAGGCCGGAGAACACAGCUACUGGAUUUUCUUCAUUGUCCUCGGUAGCAUUGUCGGGUUCGCCUUGCUCUCGGCAUUGGGCGGGUUGAUCUCAGCCAGAUGCUGCAGCAAACGCGGCGAUCAAAAAUUCAUCGAGAAGCUAGCAGCCGAGAUCGAAGACACGCAACGUACCCAGGUUGUAUCUGCCUCUGCAUCGUCCCGAUCGAGCCUCACAUUGGUCGAGGACCCCAUCGUGGAGAGGCGAAGAGCAAACAUGGUGACUCUCAAUGCCGUCGUUGGCCAAGAGGAAAGAGAUCAUGCAGACAAGAAAAGGUCCAGGAGGAGCAGCGGCCGGGAGAGCUCGUCUAUCGCUCUUCCGGUCACUUUGGCCACCCUGAGGAAAUGGGCCAAACGGUCCACCCUCAGUGGUGAUCAUAAUCAACGACAGUCACCAAAUCAUACGCGCGUGAUCUCUGGCCCCGGUUCAGCAGAUCCAAUCCCAACCCCUCCAGUUCCUCUGCACUGCAAGUCCAGGUGCGAAAUCAGCACCAGCACCAAUUACGAUGAACCUUCGCAGUUGAUAGACGAUAUUCGAUCCAACGCAACCAGAGUAUAA